AUGAAAUCCUACUCAAGUCUAGCAGUUGCUGCUUUCAUCGGAGUUGCAUAAGGAGCCUAACUAAUAAUGUCACCAGAGACCUAUUUCAUUCCAGGUUUAGUUAAUCCAUAUGUUGAAGCACCACAGUAUUAUGACCCACUUUAUCAACAAAAGCAUCAACUCAAGGAGCAAGCUUACCUCGAGACCAUGCAAAAAAUCUACGGAACCAAGGUUCAAGGUGGAAACCCACUCGAAGAUGUUGAGAGAGAAAUGAAACAAGCUACAUAUCUCUCUGGAAUGCAAAAUAUUUAUGGACACUAUGCUAACGUAUAAUCACCACAGUUUGGUUACUAUGAUCCUCUUUAUCAACAAAAACAUCAACUUAAGUAACAAUCAUAUCUUGAGACUAUGCAAAAGAUAUACGGCACCAAAGUCUAAGAGCCAAACGUUGAAGGAUAAAAUCCACUUUCAGACCUUGAGAGAGAAAUGAAGCAACAAACUUAUCUUUCAGGCAUGCAAAAUAUCUAUGGUCACUACGCUAACGUCUAAUCACCACAGUUCGGAUAUUAUGACCCACUCUACCAACAAAAGCAUCAACUUAAGCAGCAGUCAUACCUUGAGACCAUGCAAAAAAUCUACGGAACCAAGGUCCAAGAGCCAAAUGUUGAGAAAGGUAACCCCUUAUCUGAUUUAGAGAGAGAAAUGAAGCAAUAAACCUACUUAAGCGGCAUACAAAACAUCUACGGCCACUAUGCCAACGUACAAUCACCACAAUGGGGAUACUACGACCCACUUUACCAACAAAAACAUCAACUCAAGGAGCAAUCCUAUCUCGAGACCAUGCAAAAGAUUUAUGGCACCAAGGUCUAAUCAGCACCAUUAUCACUCGAGUAAAAGCUUAAAAAUUACGAGAGAGAUAUGAAGUAAUAAACUGAAGAUAGCAUGGAUCAAUCAGUUAUUGAUAGAUCAACUAACUACGAUGUUUAUGGAAACCCUAUCCUCAGCAAAGAGUAAAAAUCUGAAUUAUAAGGCAUCUCAAUGUACAAAGAUAUCUACAAUCCAACUGUUGAAGCCUAUCUUUAAACUUACCCAUCGAGAGAUGGAAGCAUUAUUGCUAUAAUGGAAGAAGAAGACUGGUGA